AGGAUAAGUGGGAUGGGUGGAGUGAGGGAUGUAUUUAAGACGUCCUCCUCAUCCUCCUCAUCAGUCGCUCCUGCCUUCUCUCUCUGCACCUGACCAGCAGGCCAUCAAUCAUCCUCCACUCAGAAUGUCUUUGCCCAACUCAGAGAACGCCUCCACCCUGGAGAACGCCAUGCAGCUCAUGAUCCAGACCUUCCAUAAGUACUCUGGAAACGAGGGAGACAAAUAUACACUGAGCAGGGCUGAGCUCAAAGAGAUGCUAACCGCUGAGCUCGGCAACUACCUGGGGAAUGCUCAGGAUAAGGAGGCAGUUGAUAAGGUCAUGGGAGACCUGGAUUCCAACAACGACGGGGAGGUAGAUUUCACCGAGUUCAUCAUACUGGUCGGAGCUCUUACUGUGGCCUGUAACGACUUCUUCCUGGAGUACAACGACAAGCCAGAGAAGAAAAAGUGAACAUCUGCACAAAGAUGUCUCUGCAGACCUAUACAGUCCAGGGAGGGAACAGUUCAGACAGGAGAGAAGGACAACCUGUCAUGGGCUUCACAUUCACAAAUACACACACAUUCACACACACGUCUAAUAGUCACCUGAGCAGUAAAUGUUGGGUGUCUGCAAUGUCCAAAUAAUCCAUUACUAGCUGUAUUUAUUGUAAUGUGAAAUUCUGGAGAGUUUAAGUCAGUUUCAACACCUGUGCUAUGCUAGGUUGCUUUUUUCUUUUCAUGUAUUUUGUAACACAUUCAAGCAAAUGAAUUUCUCCCUGGAAAGAAUAAAUGUGACCUAUACUUAAA